GCGGAGGAGGUCGAGAGGAUGUGUUUGGACGCCAUCAUCGCCAUCAUCGAGGACCCGUACAAGCAGAGCCAGAAGGAGAGCGCGAUGAUCGGCGCGUUGGCGGUGUUGGGCAUCCGCGAGGACGGCGGUUGGCACCAGGCGACGGAGUACACGACGAAUUAUUCGGCCGUGAUCAAGGUGGCCAAGAUGUUCGUCGUGUACCAGGCGUGGUUGGAGCGGCAGGACGAGGUAGCGGCGUUGACGGCGACCAAAGGGGCCGAGGCGGCGUACGAGGAGGCCAGCAGCGUGUUCCAUUUAGUGCGCGACAAGGUGCGGCGGUUCAUGACGCGGAUGCCCGGGCGGCCGAACGACGAGCCCUAG